GAGAGGAUCCUAGGGUUACUACUAAUCUCGAAAUCAAUCAAAUCAAAGCAUCCAUUUUUGAUUCAGACUUCAGAGAGACAGAGAAGGAAGAAGAAGAAGAAGAAGAAGAAAAAACUAUGGAGAAUGAGAGGGAAAAGCAGGUUUACUUGGCUAAGCUCUCCGAGCAAACCGAAAGAUACGAUGAAAUGGUGGAGGCGAUGAAGAAAGUUGCUCAGCUUGAUGUGGAGCUAACUGUGGAAGAGAGGAAUCUUGUAUCUGUAGGGUACAAGAAUGUGAUUGGUGCAAGGAGAGCAUCAUGGAGAAUACUAUCUUCCAUUGAGCAGAAGGAAGAGUCCAAGGGAAAUGAUGAAAAUGUCAAGAGGCUUAAGAAUUAUCGUAAGAGAGUUGAAGAUGAGCUUGCUAAAGUUUGUAAUGACAUCUUGUCUGUCAUUGAUAAGCAUCUCAUUCCAUCGUCUAACGCUGUGGAGUCAACUGUCUUUUUCUACAAAAUGAAAGGAGAUUACUAUCGCUAUCUUGCGGAGUUCAGUUCUGGUGCUGAACGCAAGGAAGCUGCAGAUCAGUCUCUUGAAGCAUAUAAGGCUGCUGUUGCUGCUGCAGAGAAUGGUUUGGCACCCACACAUCCAGUUAGACUUGGCUUGGCGUUGAACUUUUCAGUUUUCUACUAUGAGAUCUUGAACUCUCCCGAAAGCGCAUGCCAAUUGGCUAAGCAAGCAUUCGAUGAUGCAAUUGCUGAACUUGACAGCCUCAACGAGGAAUCAUACAAAGACAGCACUCUUAUUAUGCAGCUACUUAGAGACAAUCUCACCUUGUGGACUUCAGACCUUAAUGAGGAAGGAGGUAUUCUUAUUUUCUUUUGUUUCCCUAUCUCAUGAUCAAAUGGUUUCCUUAGAAUCAAAUGAGCUGUUAAGAGCGUUACCUUGGAGUAAAAAUGUUGAUGUUUGGGAACUCGUAACCAUUAACCAUCUGUCUAUAUUUGAAUUAAACCGUCCUUUAUGCAUGUAUUGCUAUGUAGAUCUUUCAUUUUAGUUUUGAAAGCCUCAACAAAAAACAUACCAAUCUACCAUCUCAUAGUUAUUGGAUUCUAGCUAAUCUUGUAAAAGUUAUAUGUUUGUAGCAGAAAACAUUACUAGUUUCUUGUUUCUCUUCCAAAGCUUUUUCACUCACCUUUUUUUUUUCCCCUCUUAGAUGAGAGAACCAAAGGUGCUGAUGAGCCUCAAGAUGAGAACUAAAUCCUCUGUGAGAAGAGAAACGACUCUUGCUGCAUCCUGAAUCUUGAAGUGAAGACAGUAAGUGUCGUUGUUUGUUACUCGAAUGUGUAAUUUUUAAUCUAUGUCUUUCUUGAUGGUGUUUUCCAGAUUCUUGAACUUUUCACAACACAACACUGCGUUGCGUAUCUUCAACCCUCUUAUGAUGUGGUUGAAUUCUGUUUUACGCUUAGUUUGCUUCUUUUGUUGUUGAAUUGAGCCAGCAGGCAUGAUUUGGGUUUUUGUUUAUCAGAAUAUUAGGCGUAUCAUGGUCUCAAAAUUAAAAACCAAAACAGACAAAGCUUUAUUCGAAGUUUGUAAUAACUAAUAACUCCUUGCAAAAAUCAUGAAAGUCUGAAUUC